CUUUAAACUUUCUUUAUCUGAUAAACUCAGGCAAUAUACCAACACUUAUAAUCUAUUACUUAAUCACCAAGACUACAUAUGACAACCUUAUAUUCCAUAUAUUGCCCGAGAAAGGCUGGCUGUAUUGAAUUGUAGCCCGAAAGCACGUGUGUUAUCUGGCUUAAAGAAGACAAUACCCCACCAUUAUUCAUUGUUUGGUAGUUACGCCGGAUAAAACCCUAGGACAAAGACAGCCAUUUUGACACACAGUAAACACAUUGAAUCCACGACGAGCGGCCAGUUAGUUUCCUUUCAGUCGUUCAAAGUGGAUUAACAAGAUGAUCAACUACAAUUUUUGGCUCAUGGACGCUUUCACAAGCUGUCUGAUAUUCGUGAGUGCUUUGACCGGCGACAAGAGACAGAGAGUAAUGAAACUAGACUCGAAAUUCGACGGCGAUUCGGUGUACGAUGAUUCGGAGGAGUGCAAUCAAACAUACAUGGCACGAAAGCGGGAAGUUCGCUUACAUUUGGGACAUUACCUCGUCUUAAAUUUCACAUAUUUCGCAAUAAUGGCGCUUCUGGUCGUCGCUCUACGACAUUACCCGAUUUAUAUAGUUUUUAUCCAACACAUGGCGGUGGUCGCCUUUAUUAUGAUAGCCUUCGACGGAUGGUUUCGACCGGCCAUUGCUUACCCGCUCGGUGUAUUGCUGUCAAUUGUGUGGUUUUUUUCGGGAAGUACGGCAUAUCGUUGGAUAAUAAACAAUGCAAUCAUAGUCAUAUUUACACUUAUGGUGGGAGAUGUUCAGUUCAAAAACUUUGCUGUUUUACAGAUCUUUAUGUGGUCCGCGUUUGUAUACGAUGUUUGCGUGUUGGCUGGCAACACGAAUUUAGCACCGUCGCUAUUUAGUGUCGGUGUGGAAAACUGUGACACUCUGAUAUGUCAUCUGUUUCGCAUGCACGAUAAGUGGGAACUACCAUCGGUCUUCACGAUGAAAUUCGGCAGCGCUACGCAAGUGUUUCUGGGAACUGGCGAUAUUCUCCUCGGAGCAUUGGUCGUGAACUUCUCCAAGUAUUUCUUCAAGUCGACCAAGUACGUUAUAGCGAUUGUGCUUAGUUUUUCGUUCGCCAUCGGUUUGCUAAGCCAAAUCGAGUCGAUGCCGUUUCCUGCACUAGCAACCAUCGUGCCAGUGUGCACUACGGCAAUAAUCCUGUGUGCUGUCGUGAGUGGACAAACCAGGCAGUUGUUUUCAAUGAGCAAAGAGGGCCUGUCUCGGGAGCCAGUGGGAUUGCUUCUAGCCUGACAGAACAUAAAAAAGAUCUUUGCUAAUCCUAGGAUUGGCCGAGUUCAAAUUCUUCAUAUUUGGCAUACAAGUUGCAGAGAUUACGGAGUGUUAGGACUCUCAUGCAGGUUUAUAUCAAAUCAUUUAUUUUAGAUAGGGUUUGUCAAUUAGCCUUUUUCACGAUGACGUUUUUGGGGUAUUUUCAAUUUUCUCCUCUGAUCUAAAAAAUUACAUUCAGCCUAAAAUUAACGACAGGUGCCGUUACAAGGUCUUUCGCCAGCGGUUUUGAAAAAAGUACCCCAGAAAUGGCGACAUAUUCGUCAUCGUGAGAAAGGGUAAUUGUCAUGAUUUUAGCUAAAACUUUUUAUUAUAAAUUUGCGGCGUUGCACGGGUAGUUCUCAGUCUGAUUCAAACAAUCGUCUAGCGAUUCAAAAUUAAAUGUAAACAUGCCUUCUUCAUGCAUGCAAUAGCCGUACUAGUCGAUAAAAUAUUGACUUAACCUAAUAACCUUGGUUUAAAAUUGACCUCAUUCUCAUUUCAAACACGCCAAAUUAUUUACGUGCGUAUAGGCUUUUGUUGAUUGUUAAUCACUAUAUUGGCCGGUUAUAAUAUCGGCCAGAGUUAAAGGACCGUCUCGAAUUGCGAUUUCCAUUGCAUUGAAUUGAGCUCAAGUGUUUGUAUAUAUAGUCACUAACAAAACUGGUGAAAUGACAACAAAAAAUUUACUUAAAUUGUGAUCAAAAUAAUGCAUUUUCUGUUGCAUGCCGUGCUUUGUAUAUUUAGUUUUAUUCGUUUGCUUUAUAAAUUAUCCGUUAAGCCGUAACAAUAUGACUUAGUCCGGACUCUAUACCGGAUUCGCAUGGUCACGACAUCAAAUUUAACCAUGUCAAAGCACGUUUUACCCUCAAAGGUAUGAUAGCAUGAUUGUCUUACAUGGUUUGUCAAAUGAAGAAGUUCUGCAUGGUGACAGGGAUACCGUAAAACGGUUGAAACUGAUUUCGUGACCAUGUGAAUCCGGUAUAGUGUAAACGGGUCUUGUAGUCGCCGAAGUUUAGAUACGGCGGACGAGAGACAACCAGUGUUUUAAAUCUUUAUAAUACCAAUACGGUGAACUCCGGUCUUGCAUGCAGCAAACAAUACACAACAAAAGUUCAAACCCAAAGGAUGCGAGUCGGCAACACGAGUUUAAUCUGCAACUAUCUUCAGAAGCAAUGAGUUUAAAAGGAAGGGGAAUUUUGAAAGUUAUGGACAUGCAGCCAGUGGCGUAGCCAGAACGAUAAUUGGGGGGGCCAAUAUUCAUAUAUUCGUGAUACG